ACCAGUGACACUCCUCCUCCUCCUCCCUGCGCCGCGGUGGAGAGACAGCUGCGGCCCUUGACAUGCCGCGUUUCACAGCCAAAAUACGCAUUUAACUGGGAAUAUAGCCAACCAAACAGUUUUAAAAGUCAUCCGAGAGUUUGACUAAAUAAUUUAGUCAGAAUGAGGCCGCCGGUGGAAGUCAGCGUGUUUCUGCUGUCUCUGUUGGCCCCCGGAGUUUUGUUCACAAUGAACAACAUCCCCACGUUUCAGGAACCUCUUCCCAUUCUGGGCAUGGGAAUGGUCAUCUUGGGGUCUGUUAUCCUCCUCCUCCAACUGGCGGUACAGCACAAGACCAAAGUGGACCCUUUAUUCUACGUGUUUGCUGAGUUCUCCUUCACCUGCAUGCUGGGCUUGACCAAUGCCUUGGAGCAGGAUGGGUUCGUCUCUGGAUUCAUGGAUUUCUACGUAAAGAUGGGCGAGCCUCAUCUCAGCACCGCCUAUGCUGUGAUGAUGUCUUAUUGGGAAGGUGUUGUGCACUUGAUCCUCUUCCUCACGAUCAUCCACCGCAUGUUUGCAGGGAAGUGCUACCGAAGUCUGAGCCUGCUGUGGGCAGGCUCGUCCAUCGCCCAUCAGGUUGUCUUCAUUCCAGGAGUGGUCAUUGGUAAAUAUGGGUCCAACAUUCGCCCAGCCUUUUGGAGGAACGUCCCUUUCUUCGUGGUGCCUUUCUGGGCGGCGUCCGUGCUCUUCAGCAGGCCGAGGGACAUGCCGGUCAUCACGGCAGACAAGAUUGCUGCAGAGCAGAGGAAGAGUUUGCUGUCUCGGCCCGUGGAUCUGCUCCUGUCUCUCCUGCUACUGGGAGCCAUGGCCUUCUCCGUCUUCAGAGGCUUCGUAGUGCUGGACUGUCCUCUGGACUCCUGUUUCACCUACAUCUACCAGUAUGAGCCGUAUCUCAAAGACCCGGUUGGCUUUCCCAGGGUUAUGAUGCUGGUGUAUUUGUUCUACGCCGUGCCCCUGCUCACUGCCCUCAUCUAUGGUCUGAGGAUGCCAGGAUGCGGCUGGAUGCUGGACUGGACCAUAUUUUUUGCUGGAGCAAUGGCUCAGACCCAGUGGUGCCACAUUGGAGCAUCUCUGCACUCCCGCACUCCGUUCACGUACCGAGUCCCAGCAGACAAACGGUUGCCCGUUAUCACGCUGAAUGUGCUGCUCGCCGUUUUGCCGGCUCUCCUGGCCUUGCGCUGCCACAUCAGCCCCGCUUAUUUUAUGAAAGCUGUUCCCGAGGGGCAGACCGCUGACAACAAGAAAAAAAACUAGACCACACACCGGCCUCUGACUGGCCUGGAAUACUUCAAGCUUCGACAGGACUAAUGUUUUCUGGGGACUGUUUUUGAUGCACAAACUGCAUUAACUACACAUUUUAUUUUUCAACCUUAAAACCCAGAGGAAAUCUAAAAACAUUGCUCUCUCAGUCGACAGUUUGAAAUCAGCCACCUCGCACGGCACGGCACUCCCCGCGUGGACUGUUGGACCCUGAUAAGAGGGUUGUUGCUGGAGGAGAGGACUGUGAUUACAUCGCACAGCUUUCGGGUGACUCAUGCAGAUACUUCAUUGGUGUCAUCCCAAAAUUAGAUUUCUCACCUUGAUCCUACAGAUCACAGCGCACCACUGAAAUCCAGAGCUUCCGCAGAACCUCCAUUUUCAAUUAUAUUUUCUCAUGUAAAGUUGUAACUGUCACAUCUGCCAUACUGUAUGAACUGUUAGUACAAUAAAUGUUGAGAGGAUUCACUGAAUAAUUUGAAAGAUGAAUAACGUAAGAGCUAAUGAGGGAGCUAACCAGCGGAAGUUGAAAUUUGAUGAAGAAUAUGUUUGUACUUAAAAGGGUCUUUUCA